GCAGGCUGAGGCCCUCCGGAGCCCCAGGCGAGCCAGAGCAGGAGCAGGUUAUCUGUGUCAGAAUCACUUCCAGGGGAAUAGUUCUGGCCCCUGACUGGUAAGGACAGGGCAGAGAAGAGAGAAGAGGAGAGAGUGUGCAACUCCUAGCCCGGCCCUCCUUGGGUUCCAUGCAAGUGGCCCAAGUAGGAAGAAGCCUCUCUACUUUCGGCGUUCCCGCCCGGAUACUCCCUCUCACCUUGGCAGCCAGGCUGAGAAAGGACUCCAGGGUCCCCGCAGAAUGACAACUCUUGUUCCAGCAACCCUCUCCUUCCUUCUCCUCUGGACCCUGCCGGGGCAGGUCCUCCUCAGGGUGGCCUUGGCAAAAGAAGAAGUCAAAUCUGGGACCAAGGUGUCCCAGCCCAUGUCCCCCUCUGAUUUCCUGGACAAGCUUAUGGGGCGAACAUCUGGAUAUGAUGCCAGGAUUAGGCCCAAUUUUAAAGGCCCACCUGUGAACGUGACCUGCAACAUCUUCAUCAACAGUUUCAGCUCCAUCACCGAGACUACCAUGGACUACCGGGUGAACGUCUUCUUGCGGCAGCAGUGGAACGACCCACGCCUGGCCUACCGAGAAUAUCCUGAUGACUCGCUGGACCUCGAUCCCUCCAUGCUGGACUCUAUUUGGAAGCCAGAUCUGUUCUUUGCCAAUGAGAAAGGGGCCAAUUUUCAUGCGGUGACCACAGACAACAAGUUGCUGCGCAUCUUCAAGAAUGGAAAUGUGCUCUACAGCAUCAGGCUGACUCUCAUUUUAUCCUGCCCAAUGGACCUGAAGAACUUCCCCAUGGAUAUCCAGACUUGCACGAUGCAGCUGGAGAGCUUUGGCUAUACCAUGAAUGACCUCGUGUUUGAGUGGCUGGAAGAUUCUCCUGCUGUCCAAGUGGCUGAGGGGUUGACUCUGCCCCAGUUUACCUUGCGGGAUGAGAAGGAUCUAGGCUAUUGUACCAAGCGCUACAACACAGGGAAAUUCACCUGCAUCGAGGUAAAGUUUCACCUGGAACGACAGAUGGGCUACUACCUGAUUCAGAUGUAUAUCCCCAGCCUACUCAUCGUCAUCCUGUCCUGGGUCUCCUUCUGGAUCAACAUGGAUGCUGCCCCUGCCCGGGUGGGCCUAGGCAUCACCACUGUGCUCACAAUGACAACUCAGAGCUCUGGCUCCCGGGCCUCUUUGCCUAAGGUGAAGAGACAUGCAAGGGAACUUGCUUGCCAUAGAGCUCCCCAUUUCCCAUUCAUCCUGUUCCCUCCUGCUGACUACUUUCCUUGGAUUUAAGGUAGAGAAGAGCCAUCGAGCAAGAGCAGGUGGCCUGCAUUCUCUUCCCCCAGAACAUACUGCUAAUAACAUUGCCAACAGUGUGGAGGCUGGGGUUGC